AUGCAAAACUCAACCCACGCGAAGACGGAGAGCGGCGGCAACGAUCCUCCUGACCGUGGCGGCAGCGGUAAAGGUCAAGGUGGUGGAAAAGGAAAUACCGGAAGAGGCGGCGGUGGGAAAGGAGGUGGCAGCAAUGGUACCAAUUCCGGAAGCAAACAGCCAUCUCGUGGUGCGCGCGGUUCGCCAUCCGGCAACACUGCCUCCAAUCCUCGAAGCCAUCUCCCAAUCGCCACAUCUCAGACUCGAAGCUCUGGUCCGCAAGGGAGGAUCACCGAAGGUAUCAGAGAGCCACAAGGUGUACCUGAGAACCUUUUGACCGCGCAUCGUGGCAUGGGUAUCCUUCAGGCCGCCUCUGGCUCCUACAAUUUGACUCUCAGAAGUAAUCCCGACGCUGGUGGAAGAGCGCAUCAAAACGUCAACUAUCCGGCAACAAGGGCCGUUGUCCGAAUUUUCCAGUACGAAGAUGGAUUGAUUCCUCUGUCUGAUCUUGACGAACCGACAGCACCGCAGGGUACUGCACCGACCCCCAAUACGACAGCAACGCAGAGUAAUGCCCUGGCACCGCGAGGUGUAACCACUGACGGCUUUCGGGGCACAACGCAGAGUAAUGCUCCGACACCGCGAGGUGUAACCACCGACGGUGUUCGGGGCACAACGCAGAUUGAUGCCCCGCCACCGCGAGGUGUGAUCACUCACGGUGUCCGAGUGCCUCGAGGAGUACCAGAGCACAUCCUGGCCUCUUAUCGAAACCCCGCCGACAUCAUUGGAUUCGCUUCGGGCAACUAUAACGGGUAUCUCAGGACGAAUCCCAACGAUGGCCCCCGGGCUCAUAUCACCAAUCGAAACCCGCGCAUCAGAGAGAUCAUUCGAAUCUAUCAAUACGAAGAUGGAUUAGCUCCCCUCGAGGCUUUGAAUGGUAUCGGAGAUGCUGCGCAGGCGGUCUACAAUGCCGCCAUUGCCGCCACGGAUGCAUCGACUGGAGAUACUCCACCCAAUCCCCCGAGUCAGCAAGAUCCUCCCUCGGACGGACGCUCCGGCUCUACUCCUGGACCAGGUAGCGGUGGGCAGCAGCUGCCUCCCGCCAAUGGUGGCUCGGACGUGACGACGGCAACCACCAAUCAACAGUCAUCAACCACCAGCGUUCCUACGACUGCUGCUCCAGCUGAGGCUCCGCCAAGCGCGCCCACUGAACUUGACAGGCAAAGAGAUUUGGUGACUGCAGGCGUCAGACAACCGAGAACAGUUCCCGCAAGCUGGUUGAGAGCCAAUGCUGCACGCAUCAAACGAGCAUCUGAUCUCUACAAUGCUGCACUUGAGCGAGGAGCUGCAGCGGAUGUGUACACGACAAUCACAGAGCCCAAUCUCCGACCACUUGUCAGAAUCUUCCAGGUCGAGGAUGAGUUUGCGAACCUGGAGGAUCUCAAUACUGCCGAAUUUGCUCGAACGAUUGCGCAGGGAGUAUAUCAAGCUAUUGGGGGCGUGGAUCCAGGAUUGGCAUUUGACCUGCCCUUGGAAGACCACGUAGAUACGGAGGCAGGAGGUGCCAAUUCAAUUGUUGUCAUUCCGGAAAGUCCGCCACGGUCGUCUACGGUGGAUGCGGAUCCCCUCUCUGCUACAUGUGCUGAUGGCAGCGAUGAGCUCUUCGCACUCUCGCCUUCGUCGCCGUACCAACCGGACGAGCAUUCAGAUGACUAUAACUCGCCUGACCGCAUCCCGGAGAGCCCGAUCGUAAGCCAAGGAGCAGGUGGAGACUCGGUAGAUUCAGCCGUCAUUGAAGCACUUGAAAGCCUGAACAUUCAACAACAGCCAGCGCCUCUCACAGACGCAGAGUUGCGAGUGGUGGCCGACGGCCGGGACGGUAUGGAUCAACGCACACCCGCUGGGGUUGACUCAAACACGGAGUAUAUCGAUACCCCUGACACUCGUUCGAGCAAUCGAUCGAGCAGCACAGCUUCCGAUUCAAGACCUGGCACGGCCUUUACUCUCACCAGUCUCGUUGCAUCACAAUCAGCAACGGGGCAAUCUGAUGCAUCUACAAGUCGUCCAAGCAGCCGACUGGGUGGUGCGACUCCCGAAUCCAGGUCCGGCACGCCAUUCACUUCCGUUCCUCCGCAGACUACACAACAAGCCGGCUCUCGUAGUGGAUCCAUCCCCAGUCAAACUCCACUUUCUGAUGCAUCCACAUCUGAGAUGACACUCGCACAGGAGCUGGAGGACUGCGAGAGAAGGAAUCGUCAGGCAGGAUUGGACCUCGCUGCAGCGUCAGCUUCCGCCAGGUCAAGUUCGCAGGCACUGACGGAGGCCCAGCAAGAAAUCACUCUUCUAAACCGCGAAAUCGAGGAACGUAUUAAUCGGGCUGAUCGCAAAGUCGUGAAGACUGGACAAUGUGGCUUUGAGCCGCAUUCUGUGCUCCAACAGGACCUGGAUGACGGCAAAGAGGUUCAAAUAGAACUGCAGAGCAUGCUGGCGGCCUCCAAAGUGUCGGAAGCAGCAGAAAAGCAAAAGCGUCUGGAUGCUGAGCAGCGUUGCAGAGAGCUCAAGACUGCCGGGGCUUCGAACACUCGCGCGGACCAAGAGUCCGAUUUCCCUCCAGCGUGUCAAGCAGCUCUUGCCGCAGCUCACGAGGAUCAAGCGACUUGUCAGAAACAGCUGGCAGACACUCAGGAGAAAUUGAACGCUUGUUUGAAUCGACCCACCAGACAACCUGAAGGCUGUUACGUCAUAUCGCAUGGCACAUUGGAAUCAAGACUGGGGGGACGGAUCAAGGAACUGGAAGCCAGACUUCAUGAGAUUGAAGGAAGGCGUGAUGUGUGCAACGUGAUCACACGUCAGGAUCUGGCCGGAGACAGAGACUUCUGGAAGGGUCUCCACGACACGAUGGAUGAGGCGUAUCGAGCGGAGUUGGACGACACGAGCGUGUGUCGUGUUUGGGCACACGACGAGUUAGUGGCAGAGAGAGACAGCCUGCAGAGUGAGUAUGACUCGCUGCGUGACUACACCUACCUCUUGCAGCAGCGUGGCCAGAGUCUUUUGACUCAUUUCGCAGUGCAGCCUGAGGCUGUGUAG